AUGGAGGCGCUGCUGCUGGGCGCGGGGUUGCUGCUGGGCGCCUACGUGCUUGUCUAUUACAACCUCGUGAAGGCCCCGCCCUGCGGUGGCAUAGCCAGCCUGCGCGGCCGCACGGCUGUGGUUACGGGCGCCAACAGCGGCAUCGGGAAGAUGACGGCGCUGGAGCUGGCGCGCCGGGGAGCGCGCGUGGUGCUGGCCUGCCGGAGCCGGGAACGUGGUGAGGCGGCGGCCUUCGACCUCCGCCAGGAGAGUGGGAACAAUGAGGUCAUCUUCAUGGCCUUGGACUUGGCCAGUCUGGCCUCCGUGCGGGCCUUUGCUACUGCCUUCCUGAGCUCUGAGCCACGGCUGGACAUCCUCAUCCACAAUGCCGGGAUCAGUUCCUGUGGCCGGACCCACGAGCCAUUUAACCUGCUGCUGCGAGUGAACCACAUUGGCCCCUUCUUGCUGACACAUCUACUGCUGCCGCGGCUGAAGACAUGCGCCCCCAGUCGCGUGGUGGUGGUAUCCUCAGCCGCCCACCGGCGAGGGCACCUUGACUUCACACGCCUGGACCGCCCAGUGGUGGGCUGGCAGCAGGAGCUGCGGGCAUAUGCCGACAGUAAGCUGGCCAACGUGUUAUUUGCCAGGGAGCUCGCCACUCAGCUUGAGGGUACUGGUGUCACCUGCUAUGCGGCCCACCCAGGGCCUGUGAACUCAGAGCUAUUCCUGCGCCACGUUCCUGGAUGGCUGAGCCCACUUCUGCGCCCACUGGCUUGGCUGGUGCUGCGGACGCCAAGAGGGGGUGCCCAGACACCCCUGUACUGCGCUCUACAGGAGGGCAUUGAACCUCUCAGUGGGAGAUAUUUUGCCAAUUGCCAUGUAGAGGAGGUGCCCCCAGCCGCCCGGGAUGAUCGUGCGGCCCACCGGCUGUGGGAGGCCAGUAAAAGGCUGGCAGGGCUUGGGCCUGGCCAGGAUGCCGAACCUGAUGAAGACCCCCAGCCUAAGGAUCCAGGGACCCCAUCUUCCCGGAGCAGCCCCCUCUCUGAGGAGCCCACAGUUUCUGACCCCCAUCCCAUCCCUCACAAUUCACCAGACUUGUCUAAGGUCACACACCGAAUUCAGGUUAAAACUGAACCUGAGCCCUAAAUCUCCUAAUCCCCAGGCUGGGGUGCUUUCCUUGGCACUUGGUGACCCUUGAAAACCU